AUGGACACAGAGGACGGCUUUUAUUCUGCGGCCGCGCAGUGGUGGGAUGUUACCACAGUCAAGGUGAAGUGCCCUAUUUGCCUCAAGCUCCAUAGGCAUGGUUUUUCUGGAAGCUACGACCAAAAUCUGCGUGCCACGCACUGUGACACAAGCCAGGAGUUGGGCUUCCCCUCUUACCGGCUCACUUUCCCCUUCUCUACAUCCUCAGGAGGGACGGCGUAUGAAAUCGACAAGAUAAAUGUGAGGUACGUGGCCGUUGAUGCUGAUCCGACCGCCUUGGAACUACCGCCCCUGCGAGACAGCAGUGACAACCACGAGUCGGACAAAGAAGCUACCACUACACCGCCCAAGUUGGGAGACGCGCGUGAAACGAUUACACUUGAUGCAAGCGACCAUAUUCUUAGCAGAUUAACCGCGGCGUUUGGAGGGAGUGAUGAACCCUAUACUACGAACAGGAUCGAUCAUGUUACAAGCCGCAUGCUUCACUUCGGGGACGAAGACUACGUGAAGGAGUAUCUUGAUACUUCGUCUGAAGCGGAGCUGUUCCUCCACGGCGUCGAUGAAAAGGGAGAUUCCAUAUUGUAUACCGCCGCUGCUGAGCGGUAUUCUGGCAUCGUACGGCUUUUACUCGAGCGAGGCGCCGACCCCAACUUCCAGAACAAACGCGGGAGGACGGCAUUGACGGAGGCGGCGCUCUGGGGACGCUGCCAGAACGUCAAGGUCCUUCUUAAACACGGGGCAGAUAGAAGUCUCAAAGACCACGAUGGCUUUAUUGCCCUGCAGUUUGCCGAGCCUUCUGCGCGAAAUGAAGAAGAAAGAUAUGACCGCUCUGGAGGAAAGGUACAGGCAUACAAGGAAACCACGCACACGGCAAACCAGCAGCGAAGAAUGAUUGUCCAUCUUCUAAGUGGCGCCCAGGAAGUCCCGUCUCUCAUCACACGGACAAACUACCAGCAUCACGUCUUCGUGAAGUCGACGGACAAUAUCAGACUUUUUGCUCCGAUCAGUGAGUAUCCUAUUCCUACCCAAUGGAAAACCGUUGCUCGACUUGAACGAGGAGGACGGUAUCCCUCCGUCUCGGCCAUGAGCGGAUGGGCACACAACCAGACAGUGAUUUUGAUAUCGGGCAAGGACUGGACUGCUGAAGUCAUGCGGAUAUGUCAGCUCGUCAACCAUCAGCUCAUGCCUCACAUUUACGACAACGGCAAAUCAGGACGGUACCAUGCCUCGCACGCCGAGAAGCAAAUGAUAGCAUAUUUCAUCAACCAUCAUGUUUUCUUGGAACCGGAACUCGGCAAGCAAGAUGCAACCGACGACGCCGUGGAACAGUUGGCUUCUGCAAUGCAAAACUGGGGAUUUCAUCCUACGGUUGACCGAUCACUUCGAGGGCUUGCUUCCAUGGUACCACCAGUCAUGCUCAGACGGGCGCUCAUUCUGGUCAGCCAGGAGCCCUGUGCGGACUGUGCGACAUUUAUCGAGCACGUAACGAGCAAGCUGGGUUUAGAUAUCAUGUUGUCGGGCUGGGGAGGGUCACACCGCGCACCAUGA